UUGCGACCAUGUUGAGAGGGUCGACGUACCCAUCAAUCGCAACGCAUGGACAUUGGGAAAUUAGGCGUAAUUUGUUCAUUUUCAACCGAUUUUUACGAGGUAUAUUUUUUUGUCAACACCAAAGUGGGUGCCAACAAUAUAGAACAUUGAUUUUUUUGUUACAUUUGUAAGGUUAUUUCCAUUUCCCUUGUUGUGGUUUUACGGGGUUGUAUGAAGCACUAUGUGUCUGUAUCCGUGUUUUUUGCGUUUUCGUGCUACUUUAUAUACAUGGGAUGCACGACUUUGCCCCUCCUAGCUUAAGCGUCGCCGAAGGCACGCAAAUAUAAGGAGGAUAUAUCAACUUAAUAAUAUUGUUGAUGAGAAAUUAGGAACUGACCAAUCAUGGUCGGGUCUUUCGCGCAAGCGCAGUCGUAUCAUCCAAAAUCACUUCCGGACUCACAGUCGGAGGAGCACUCACUUAAGGUCGCUUAUCUCAUUUGUAAUUAUAUAACGAGCCUCGCGAACCGACAUUUAAUGUGCAUUUUCGAUUUAUUACAAAUAUUUAGUGUAAAUACAUCUUACUUGUUGUGCAAUCUUAACCUCAUCGAGAAUAAUAAUAGUUCUCCACUCUGAGCCGCAUUCACGCUUUUAAAGGGACAGUCGUCGUACCCCCUUAACAGUUUUUAGCGUCCAUACAUUUUUUUUGUGUGCAUUGACGUCAAUCGUAUACGAGACACGAAAAACUGCUUUUUCUUUAACAUUUCCUUUGCUUGAGACGAAUAUGGACAGAUAGCCCCAUCGCUGGAGCCGAUUUGCGAACCUUCCUGACUGCGACAGCUGCAGGCUCAUCUUCCAUCAUUUCGGGAAAGACACGAAUUGCAAAUAUAACCGCAACAAAGCUACCGUUGCCCAGAGUGCGGCACAGGCACGAGCCGGCGGCCGCCCCACCCGGCGCCAUGAUGGAAGGAGGCAUGCAGCUGCUGAACCGCGACGGCCACAGCAUCUCGCACAACUCCAAGCGCCACUACCACGACUCCUUCGUGUCCAUGAACAGGAUGCGACAGCGUGGGCUGCUCUGCGAUAUUGUGCUCCACGUCUCCAGCAAAGAGAUCAAGGCGCACAAAGUGGUGCUGGCUUCAUGCAGCCCGUACUUCCACGCUAUGUUUACCAAUGAGAUGUCAGAGAGUCGUCAGACCCAUGUGACGCUACAUGAUAUCGACCCCCAGGCAUUGGAGCAGCUCAUUCAGUACACCUACACGGCGGAGAUCGUGGUCGGGGAGGGUAACGUUCAGACGUUGCUUCCGGCAGCGAGCCUGCUGCAACUCAACGGGGUGCGAGACGCCUGCUGCAAGUUCCUCCUCAGCCAGCUGGACCCCUCCAACUGUCUGGGCAUCCGAGGCUUCGCCGACACGCACUCCUGCAGCGACCUUCUCAAGUCGGCGCACAAGUACGUCCUGCAGCACUUUGUUGAGGUGUCCAAGACGGAGGAGUUCAUGCUGCUUCCGCUGAAACAGGUCCUGGAUCUGAUUUCCAGUGACAACGUGAACGUACCAUCUGAAGAGGAAGUGUACCGGGCCGUGCUGAGCUGGGUGAAGCAUGACAUCGACGGCCGCCGCCCACAUGUUCCAUGGUUGAUGAAGAGCGUGCGGCUGCCGCUGCUGAGGCGAGACUUCCUCAUGAGCAACGUGGACACGGAGCUGCUAGUGCGUCACCACUCCGAGUGCAAGGACCUACUAAUCGAGGCGCUCAAGUAUCACCUGAUGCCCGAGCAGAGAGGCGUGCUGAGCAACAGCAGGACACGACCUCGCCGCUGCGAGGGCGCCAGUCCCGUGCUCUUUGCUGUUGGUGGGGGAAGUCUGUUCGCCAUUCACGGAGACUGCGAAGCAUACGAUACCAGGACGGACCGCUGGCACAUGGUGGCGUCAAUGUCCACUCGGCGGGCCCGGGUGGGCGUGGCAGCCAUUGGGAACAGACUGUAUGCUGUUGGCGGGUAUGAUGGGACCUCAGACCUGGCAACUGUGGAGUCAUAUGACCCCAUCGCUAACUCCUGGCAGCCUGAGGUUUCCAUGGGAACGCGACGGAGCUGUUUGGGUGUGGCGGUCUUGCAUGGAUUGUUGUAUGCGGCUGGGGGUUAUGAUGGAGCUUCCUGUCUAAAUAGUGCAGAGCGAUUUGACCCUCUGACCAGCACGUGGACCUCGAUCGCUGCCAUGAGCACGCGCAGGAGAUACGUUCGAGUCGCAACUCUAGAUGGCACCUUGUAUGCGGUGGGUGGUUACGACAGCUCUUCACAUCUUGCAACAGUGGAGAAGUACGAUCCUCAGAGCAACACGUGGACACCCAUUGCCAACAUGCUGAGUCGACGCAGCAGUGCCGGUGUGGCCGUCCUGGACGGCAUGCUGUAUGUGGCGGGAGGUAAUGACGGCACCAGCUGCCUCAACUCUGUGGAAAGGUUCAACCCCAAGACCAACACCUGGGAGGGAGUGUCUGCCAUGAACAUCCGCAGGAGCACUCACGACUUGGUGGCUAUGGAUGGCUGGCUGUACGCCGUGGGAGGUAACGACGGCAGCUCCAGUCUCAACUCCAUUGAGAAGUACAACCCGCGCAGCAACAAGUGGGUGGCGGCCUCCUGCAUGUUCACGCGCCGCAGCAGCGUGGGCGUGGCUGUGCUGGAGCUGCUCAACUUCCCGCCGCCGUCCUCGCCCACUCUCUCGGUGUCCUCCACUAGCCUUUGACACGGGGUCAUCGCUUGGCUGAGCUCAGCCUCCGCUGCUACACCCCAGACCGGCUCUGGGAAGAGACGUAACUCCUCGGUUUGAGGAGGAGCGGGAGGAGGAUGAAGAUGAGGAGAAGGGACGGGUGUGAAUGAGGCUCUUGGCCGUUAUUGAUGGCACUUUUAGUACGGCUUGGCCAGCAAAAAUAUCGUCGAAAUAUGAAUUAGGACAGAUUUGCACUGAAUUAGAAAAGUCUAUUUUGUACGAUGAAAUUGAACAGUUUGCCUCACUGUCCGGCUGCCCUAUUCACAUCCAAGCUCUCUCUCUCUCUCUCUCUCUCUCGCUCGCUCUCCUCAAGAGUAUAAACAUAUUCCAAAUGAAGAUUGACCAGCCUUUGCUCAAAUCACACUUUAUUUGCCAACACCUCAAAAUGUGGUGUUCGCAGUCUCACAAGAGACGCUAAAUUAAAAUGACAAUGUAGCACAUUGGGUGACUGUAACAAACCGUGCAUGUUGAAUCCACAACGGCUGGCAUCGACUCCCAAAGAGGGAGGCUAAAAGGAGGUAGUGCUGCAAAUAUCACGCUAGGUGGCAGCAACGUGCAAUGUUAUCCCCCACACCCUAAACGCACACUGUGAGACUGCAUGGACACAACAACACAGGACCAGCCAAGCCCUAGCGCCUAAAUGAAUUCCAAAAAAACAAAAAAAGAAUUUUGAGGACUUUUAAACUAUUUAUAAAGAUGUGUAAAUGUUAAUGUUUAACUGUAAGAUGUUAAGAGAAGGAAACAGAUGAGAUACCUAUUUAAGAGUGUUUGAAUAUAUUUAUUUAUAUGUGACGUGUACACUUGUCAACGGACAUAAUGAAGUGCGAGAGGUUGCGUUCAGAGCGUAUCGUAAAUUAGUUUUGCAGAAUUCCUUUUGUUGCCAUGAGGGAUGAGCAUGUUGACUACUUUAAUGGAUGAUGGGUAAAAUUAGCAAUAAGGUAAUGUUGUUUUUAUGCAUAUUAUAAACGGAUAGUACGAACCCCAGUGCCAAUGAAGUCGGGACGUUGUGUACAAUGUAAAUAGAAACAGAAUAUAAUGAUUUGCAAAUUAUUUUCGACCUCUAUUCAAUUGAAUACACUACAAAGAACAUUAAAUAUCUUGUCUUUGUGGUGUAUUCAAUUGAAAAUGGGUUUGCGAAUCAUGGUAUUCCAUUUUCGUUAUGUUUUACACAACGUCCCAACUUCAUUGGAAUUGGCGUUUGUAAAAUCUCCGUUUCAAUGCUCGUGUCAUAUUGAGCAGAAAAAGGAUGCUCGGAGGAGUUUGUUUGUCAUUGUCUGGCCGUAGCUCAAUUUUCCGACGUUGAAGUCAAACGUCUUUCGACUUCAAACUCGUGGAGACCUACUCAACGGUGCCUCUGCCGGUUGCGGCAAAAUGGUGCAUUCAUUUUGGCCUCAUUGGCUUGGAGAAACAAUUGAUGCUAAAUAAAUCAUACACGAGCGACAAUAAAUGGAUAUGUCUAGUUUCCAUGAUUUUCUCUACUGCCACGUGUAUGAUGAUCAUGUGACUUAAAUACCACAAGGGCACGCAGAGGACGUCUUCAUUCAAUGAAAUGAAAUGACAGCAGCAUGCAAAAAUGAGUUGUAGCACUAAAGUAUAAUGCAACUGAUGCCCUCCACUUAUUUCCCGUCAUGUAUUUUACAUUCCCCCUUGGUAGAAUCAACCCAACUCCUGUUAAUUACUGGUACAAAGUAUGGAUGUGUAUCAUCACCCUAACAUUUCUUGUGUGGAUUUACUUUUUAAGUGCCAGUAUUGGACUUGCAUCAUCUAGAUGGAACUUACAUUGUGGCUCAUAUUAUUAUUGCAAAUUAUUAGGAGACUUUGCCCUUUUUCUUGUUUUGUAUCAACUUCGGUUUCUACCUCAUUUUUCAAUUGUUGUCCGAGAGGACCCAUUCCAAUCAACCGGCACAGGUCUAAUGGGGAUGCUGUUAGUGUUUAAAUCCACCAGGGGUGAGCUAAAGGCCGCAUGGCAGGGACUUCCAAAUGUAAAUAGGAAGAAAGCUCAAUGUUGUUCGAUGUGAACGUGACUGUAGCUCCUUUUUUAAGUUUGUGCUUUGCUUGUAUGUGGUGAAUGUCGAUUUAUUUGAACUUUAAAAUAUUGCAUUUUGCACGAUUGCAAAUGGAGCGAUUACAACAAAGAAAUAAAGAUGUUGAAAAUGUGACACAAGCUUAAGACAAGACCUAAU